AUGGCUGGAGAUUUGAAACGAAUUGCAACAAAUGAGGCAUGGGUAAUACUAGGUGAUUUCAAUGAGAUUGUAAGCAAGGAAGAAAGGAUAGGGAAAAAGGUGAAAUAUAGUGAAGCUACUGAUUUUAUUGAGUGUGUUAAUUGCUGUCAGUUGGAGGACAUUAAGUUCAGAGGCAGUUACUUUACAUGGAGCAACAAAAGACAAGGAAAUGAACGAAUAUGGUCUAAGAUAGAUCGAGUGCUUGCUAAUAAGAAGUGGAUGGAUCUUUAUCCGAAUGCUGAAGCUGUCUUUAUGGUGGAAGGUUUGUUUGACCAUACACCAGUAAUUGUCUCAAUUUAUCCAGAAAUUCGCAGAGGCAAAUCGCCUUUUAAAUACUUCAGAAUGUGGUCCUCUCAUCCACAGUUUUCAGAGAUUGUUACCAGAAUUUGGAAGUCUUCUGUUGCUGGCGCUAAAAUGUUCCAGCUUGUUUACAAGCUGAGAAUGUUAAAGGCUGAAUUGAAAGAGCUGAAUAGAAAAGAGUUCUCCAACAUUCAAGAGGCAACUACUCAAGCUAAAGAGGAUUUAGUAGUGAUUCAAACGAAAAUUCAGGCAGAUCCACUUCAACACGGGCUGCUUGAACAAGAAAUGGCAACAAGGAAUAAAUAUAGUCUUCUACUUAAGGGGCUCUCUUCCUUCUUACAGCAAAAGUCCAAAGUAAAUUGGAUUAAGGAAGGUGACGAGAAUUCAGCCAUUUUUCACGCAAGCAUUCGAGAUUGA